AUGCCAGGCCGUACCACUGAUACGCCCAUCCGCAAGGUCGCACUCGCAGGCAAAGGCUACGUAGGCGAAAAGAUUUACGAUGAACUGGUCAACGCCGGGUAUGAUGUUACUGUUCUAUCACGAUCUAACCCGGAAAACGCGCCGAACGUCCGCGUCGUCGACUACACCUCCACAGAAAGCGUCACCGACGCCCUCCGCGGCCAGGACGCCGUCAUCUCCGCCAUCAACCCCGCGGGAUGGCCGCACCAGUACAAACUAAUCGACGCCGCCGUCGAGGCUGGCUCGGUGAAGCAUUUUAUCCCCAGCGAUUUCACUUCCCUGUCGACGAACCCCGCAGUUGCCGAGUUCCCUUACUACAAGGACGCCGUGGCGAUCCAGAAACACCUGAAGAAAAGGGCAGACGAGAGUGGGAUGAAGUGGACGAUCAUCGCCACGGGCCCUCUUCUUGGGUGCGUGCUGAACGGGAAUUACAUGUACAACUACCAAGAGCAGACCGCUCUACAGGUCAGCGACGUGACGCACCGUGUUAGUGUGACGCGACGACCUACCCUCGCCAAAGCCGUCUCGAACAUCUUUGCCAAGUCUAGUGACAUGGAGAGCGGCGCCAUCUUCAUCCAGGACUAUACUACGUCACAAAAGGACAUGCUCGAUAUCGCCGAGAGGCUUUCUGGCAAAACGUGGCCUGUUCAGCAUGUUGAUGGGGAGGAGAAGCUCAAGGAUGGGCUUGCUAUGUUCAGAAGGGCGGAGGCGGAAGGGACUACGCCGCCCAUCUUUGCUACGUUUCUGGUCAUUCAUAACACCAUUUUUGGCGGAAAGUAUAAUACGGCUUGGGAUGGCAAGGGGAACAGAUUUCUCGAGUUGCCCAUCAUGCCGAAGGAGGAGUUUGAGGAACUGAUUGCGACGAGAGUCCGGAAUGAGCCUAUCGACGGCGGACUGCCCUGGAACUCGGCCCCGAAGCCUAGAAAUGCGGCUUAG